AUGUUAAAUGUGCCUCUUGACAGCACUUAUCCCGAAAUACCCGGAGCCGGCAACACUCAAGUGCGCAUCUUUAGUGGCAUUCCGGGAUGUAAUUAUCGGGUGAGCACAAACAUUGGAGCUGGUAAGAGAUUCAUACUGCGAGGAAUUGACUUUUACUCCAGCGGCAAUGUGGAAACCAAUCUGGGCAUCUUUGAGCUCGAUUAUACUAUAGAAAACUUGACAAAUGGCUGUCCACCGAUAGAGGGCGGCACUCAGCUGCUUAAUGAGGCGACUGCUUAUACGCUCUUCCUGCGUCCGGUGCAGAAGACUCUGUCGAAACUCUGGUACGAGGAUGAGCUGCAAAAGUCGAACAAAUCCAAGGCCUUAAUACGCACAUUGGCCAAUCUUGCGCCCACAACGCGCAUUCUGUGGAGAGAUGUCAAGUCUGGGAAUACCGCAUUGGAUGUGUUGGCUCGUCAUCAUGAUCUGCAUGAGCUGAGCACCAUUGAGUACGCGGUACUGCAGGGUGAUUCCCUAAUACAUCAACAAUGUCUGCGUCCUGGCGGCGUUUAUGCCUUGGUCAUUGGUCAGGACAAUCAAGGAUUUGUCUCUCGCAUGUUUGAGGUAACGGAACCCAAUUCAAUGAGCAUGCUGUGGCUUAUACCGCAAUAUGUGGUGAUGACCCUCGGUGAGGUCAUGUUCUCCGUCACGGGUCUGGAAUUCUCCUAUUCCCAGGCACCGGCCAGCAUGAAAUCCUUGUUGCAGGCCUUCUGGCUAUUAACGGUUGCCUUUGGCAACAUCAUUGUCGUCGUCGUGGCCGAGUUGAAGUUCUUUCGGUCACAGGCCAGCGAAUUCUUCCUAUUUGCCGGUCUGAUGUUUGUCGAUAUGCUCAUCUUUAUGUGGUUCGCCUGUUACUAUAAACCCUACGAGGAGGUCGCUACUCUCAAACGACAGCGGAACAAACUAAACUAAGGCGAGAAUCCAUCGGGAUCUUUAUAAUAAGACCUAAGGAACUUCAUCUUUGUAUCAUCUCACGAGUAUUGUAACGUUUUAAGAUACUCUAUACGAAUGCCUAAAAAGAUUAAAACCA